AUGAAUCCUGAAUACGACUACUUGUUCAAGCUCCUCCUUAUCGGAGACUCUGGAGUUGGAAAGUCUUGCUUGCUUCUACGAUUCGCAGAUGACACAUAUACUGAGAGCUACAUCUCAACGAUCGGUGUAGAUUUCAAAAUCAGAACGAUCGAGUUGGACGGAAAGACCGUCAAGCUACAGAUUUGGGAUACCGCGGGACAGGAACGUUUCCGUACCAUUACAUCCUCCUACUACCGAGGCGCCCACGGUAUCUGUGUCGUUUACGAUGUCACGGAUAUGGAUUCUUUCAACAAUGUCAAGCAGUGGCUGCAAGAGAUUGAUCGAUAUGCCACAGAAGGUGUCAACAAGCUGUUGGUAGGAAAUAAGUCCGAUAUGUCGGACAAGAAGGUUGUUGAAUACACAGUCGCAAAGGAAUUCGCUGAUUCAUUGGGCAUUCCAUUCCUCGAGACUUCCGCAAAGAACGCGAGCAAUGUUGAGCAGGCUUUCUUGACAAUGGCCCGUCAGAUCAAGGAGAGGAUGGGGACAACCACAGCGAACAACAAGCCAACAGUGCAGGUUGGUCAGGGUCAAGGAGUGCAGUCGGGUUCGGCUGGUGGGUGUUGUUAA